AUGCUAACGAUUGAGCAAUGCUUGUAUUAUUAUUUGGCAGCAGAAGCACAACGAAAAGCACAGCAUUUUAGUGCUAUACAAGCUUUAGCUGCUUUUCCACCAAACUCCGAAGGGAAGGCAACGCGUGUAAAACUGCUUUUCCAUCAAAUUACUCUGCAACAUUUCGUGAUGAAUGAAUUCCUGCGUGAUUUGAGUAUAAAUGGAUAUAUGGAUGUGUCCUGGAAUGACAGUCGGCUUACAUGGGAUGAAGAGCAAUGGAAAUUGAAGAAACUGGAAAUACAUUCAAUCAGCCACCUGUGGGUACCAAUGCUAACUGCACAGACGUUUGAGACUGCGGUUCGAAACGGUGAUCUGAUGGAGAUACGGCGUGUCACGGUACAGAGCAAUGGCACUGUUCGCACUAUUAUCAAUUUUUCGCUGCGGACGUUCUGCGAAGACUCCGAUUUCAAAAACUUUCCCGAUGAUGUUUAUAAGUGCUGUUACCAAAUCGAACCGCACUUCAACCAGGAUGCGAUAGAUUUUGAAACUGUCGGGCAACCUGUAUUCACGGACCCGAAAUAUUUCCGCGAUUACGGCUGGCUCAUGUAUGGCACUGUACCAACCGUCCAAAUUGCUGAUGAUACGCAAAUUUCACAGCUCGGCUUUUGCAUCAACUUGCAACGAUCGACGAACUCGGUACGAAUCGAGCUGUCGCUACCGAGCACCGUUACCUCCAUAUUAUUCCUGCUGACGCCUUUGCUGGGUCAGAUCCAUCUACAGAUUGCUGCAAAAAUGUUCGUGCUCUUCCUACAGUUCCUCACUUUGCAGCUCUUCUCCGCCCGUAUCGCACCGCAUCUUGGCUCCGCUGCUGCAACGCCAAAAAUACUGCGGUUUCUGGAGUUUGCAGUAGUACUCAAUACUCUUAGCAUUUGUGUAUCGAUGGUGUUAUGGAUGUGCUGCAAAAUCCGCCGAAAUUUGCCGCCAUGGAAUUGGCUGAUCAGGACAUCAGAGGUGAUCAAUAGGUGCAUAUGCAUAUUCAACACAACGGACAGUUGCACAUCACUGCACGAGAAAGCAUCCUCGACGACAAGCUGCUAUCAGGAAGACUGGAACAAUGCGUUUAUUGCAAUACACGGUGUUGCCGUUAGCACACUCUCCUUUAUUUUCAUCUUUGGCUAUUUGUUAUUCUUAUAG